AUGGCAUCCGCUCCCCGUCUCCGAGUUCCGCCCAAGAAGUCAGAGGCCCGCAGAGGGCAGGGAAUGGAAGACGACGCAUCCGGGUCCGGGUUUGGUGAGGCAGGACAUACGACUCUUCUUCCGUUCGAUGCGAUGCCGCCAUGGUUCCAACAGGACAACAACCCGUGGUAUCUCCACAACGAGACGGUCAAUAUUUAUUCCUAUCUCAUUCCGGCUAUUGUCUUCCUCCUCGGCGAGUGGUAUAUCUUGCAGUACCUUGCUAGCAAAUAUUCCAGAGUUACUGGCAGUAAUUUUAUUGCUUUCUCAUUCUUCAUACUUACAGCAACUAUUUGCUAUACAUUUUCAGCUCUUUAUUAUACUUUGAUAAACCACUCUUAUACCGUAGACUAUUUCUACUACCGACUAGAUAUACUCGGUAUAGGGAUCUUUAUAGUUGGUGAUAUAAUCUUGGGAAUUGGGGUUUUCGGGAUAUUGACCAUCAUCGCGAACAUCCAUCCCAAGCUUCAGAGCUACAAGUAUCGCUCCAAGCGAACACUAGCGUUUAUAGCGACUGGCAUAUCCAUUGUAGCGCCCCUGAUUCAUAGGCUCGAUAUAUUCGGGCUAGACCUGAUGAACAAAAAAGCCUUCACCUAUACUAUAGUAGCAAAGAUAGGCUGCCUUCUAUCUGGAACCGCGCUUUAUACAGUAAGCCUCCAAUUUUGCCCAGACUGGAGAAGAAUUGAUUCUAAUACAUACGAUUCAAAAGAUAAGUGGCCUAGAAAAUUCAAUAUAUAUAGCUCCCACUCAUUUAUGCAUAUCCUGGUGGUCUACACCGCUGUUAUCCAAAUGAUAGGGUAUCUGGCAGCCUUCGACUAUGCUUACUCAAAUAUUACCUGCUCAGCCUCUUGA